GUUUUGGCCAACGCUGGCAGGCACGCCGCGAUCUUUCGACAGGUGCAAGCCUUCGCCAGCUCGGCGGCUCGUGCCGCUCAGUCCCUUCCUGGUGCUAAGGACCUGCUCACUCGCAUUACGUCCGCCGUCGAGGCGGAGACUCUAGUCGCGAAG